UAUAAAAGGAGCUGCACAUGGUGUUGGAUAACAGAUCUGUAAACCUGGUGUUGGACCGUGUUCUGGCUUGUGACUAUUCAGAAUGAUGGCCAGAUGUAUUGCAUUGGCAGUAACGGUGAUGCUGGUGGUGGCCUGUGUGGCCUCUCCUCUCUCUGAAGACCCUCCAGUGAGCACCAAUGAGUCCACACCACAGGCUGACCGGACAAUACCCGAGACACGUGUGAGACGGUCACCUCUACCUGAGGACCAGCGAGAGCUCAUAUCCCGGCAGAUUUUACAGGCACUGUCAGAGAUCAUUCAGAGAGAGGACUGCAUUACAGAUUAUCAAGGCUGGGUGGAUUUUGGGCGCCGGAGUACAGACUAAAAAUGUCAUUGUGCUUUCAGAUUUGACGUAAUUGAGGCAAUAUUAAAAAUAUCAAGGUUAUAUUUUUACAUGUUCUUUACAUUACGUAGGAUGAUUUUAUGUAGAAAAGAGUAAAUCACAAAAAAUGACUUUGGCUGGGUUUUCAUAGGCUGGUUCACAAAUAAAAACU